AUGGUGAGGCUGCUCUUGUACGGCUCUCUCACUGUAUAGGCGGCUGCCUAAGGUUCACCUGAUGCGGAGGCGGCGUCGAUCUCGGUCGAAAGCUCGAGCUCCCGCGUGCGCCGCCAAGGCGUUGGAUCCAGUGGGGUGUUUCGCGACCUCAUCUCUCGAGUGCCGCCAAAACGAACUCACCACGCCUGAUUGUCCACUGUCUGACCCUGAAUCCACGUGCCCGCUCCAAGCAAUCGCCGCUCCCCAUAUAUAGUCGCGCAGACCUUCCCACCUUACCCCCACCCACAAUCAAUACGAACCUGUCGGUACUCGCGGCCAAUGCAACAUUUCCUCGCGCAUCAGCAGCAGCAGCAGCAGCAGCAGCAGUACGGCGACUGGCCCGCUCAAACCCAAGCCCAUCACCAGCAGCCCCAGCAUCAUGUAGGCCAGCACGGACAACAUCAAGCGCAAGCCGCACAGUUGCACGCCCAACAACAGGCCCAGGCUGUCCAGGCGGCUGCCCAACGACAGUAUCACCAACAACUCGCCGCCAAUAAUGGCACCGCUAUCCCCGGCAAUAAUGCCGUUCCCCGCGGGCCCGCCAACGACGUUCAGGCAUCCGAUAUUGGAAUGACGGAGGAGAACAGGCGCGUUUUGGAGUGGAUAGCUCAGCUCAUGAAGCCUACCACGCGUGAAGCGGCUCUCUUGGAAUUGAGUAAGAAGCGAGAACAAGUUCCGGAGCUGGCUCUGAUUCUCUGGCACUCUUUCGGUGUCAUGGCCUCCCUCCUCCAAGAGAUCAUCUCCGUCUACCCGCUGCUCAACCCUUCGCAAUUGACCGCCGCUGCUUCAAACCGUGUUUGUAACGCUCUUGCGCUUCUUCAAUGUGUCGCUUCUCAUACCGAAACCCGUGGCUUGUUCUUGAGCGCACACAUUCCUCUCUUCCUCUACCCAUUCCUCAACACAACGUCCAAGUCGCGACCCUUCGAAUACCUCCGUCUUACCUCCUUGGGUGUCAUCGGUGCUCUUGUCAAGAACGACUCUUCCGAAGUUAUCAACUUCCUCCUGACAACUGAGAUCAUCCCGCUUUGUCUGCGUAUCAUGGAGACCGGCUCAGAGCUCAGCAAGACAGUGGCAAUAUUUAUUGUCCAGAAGAUCUUGCUAGAUGACAUUGGUCUUGCUUACAUAUGUCAGACUUAUGAGCGCUUCUAUGCUGUAGGCACCGUACUUAGCAACAUGGUCAACCAGCUUGUGGAGCAGCAAACCGUCCGCCUGCUCAAGCACGUUGUGCGCUGCUUUCUCCGCUUGAGCGACAACGCCCGUGCUCGUGAAGCGCUGCGUCAGUGCCUGCCAGAGCCUCUCCGCGACGCCACCUUCUCCUCAGUUCUACGAGAUGAUGCGGCCACGAAGCGCUGUCUUGCCCAACUCCUGAUCAACCUCUCUGACAAUGUCGUCGAUGCCGCGAACAACCAGCAGCUUAUGCAUUAAAAGGACUGGCUGCGCGGCUUCUUACACUCAACAUUGACAAUCUGGCCGGGUCACUUCAGCGUUCUUGAAUACCCCCUCUUCGCCUUCUGUGUAUUUCUGGCUUCGGCUUUGCUUCAUUUGGCGUGGCAGCACGCGUAGACGACAUACCCCUCAGUUCGAUCGGAUUUGGCUUACGAAAAUGGUGCGGUUAUGGCGUUAGGGUUUCUCACAUGGGAUACCCGUAGCAACACUGUAUCUUGCAGGUGCUACUUCCUUCACUUGCCUUGUUACUUUCUUCUAACACUCAUGGUCAUGGCGAGGAGUUCUCGGGCAUUGCAUGGCGUAGUGCACUCAUCAAUGCACGGAUCCUAGGAGGAAAAGCAAGUGUACUGUAUUAUAUAUAUCAUUUUCUUCAUACAGAUGGGCAAUGCAAGCGUGCUUCUAUAAAGACGUAUUCCCGUAUUAGUGAUAUGGGGGGCACGUG